AUGCGUCGCAUUCGCGUGCUCCGUCGUCUCCUUCGCAAGUACCGCGAAGCCAAGAAGAUUGACAAGCACAUUUACCACGAACUCUACAUGCGCAGCAAGGGUAACCAGUUCAAGAACAAGCGCGUGCUCAUGGAGACGAUCCACAAGAUGAAGGCGGAGCGUCAUCGUGAAAAGACGCUCAAGGAGCAGUCGGAUGCCCGCAAGGAAAAAGCCAAGUCUGCUCGUGAGCGCAAGUCGAAGAAGACGGCCGCGGUGCCGGUUGCGAAGCAAGAGUAA